AACACACCUCGUUACCGUCGCCCUCACCCUAAAGACAACACUUGGAACUUAUAUAGCAAUAACACUUCUAACUAAGCUCCCCAAUCCUCAACCAUGGCAACCUCGGCGUUCGCCAACUCACUUCUUUCUUCUUCAACAUCUCUCGCUCAUGGAGUUUUACCCUCUACUAAUAACAAUUUCUUGCUUCCAUCUCGGGUUUCAGUCUCUAAUCCUAGAUCUCAGAAUCCGCUGCUCUCAGCCCAUUUCAAGCUGAAGGACAGAACCAAUUCCAGCUCUCUCGUUACCUUUUGCUCUCUUGGUGCUGCUGCUGCUAAUGAUCCAAAAGAAGAGCAGAUUCCCAUUGAACUCAAGUAUCCUGCGUAUCCCACUGUGAUGGACAUCAACCAGAUUCGUGAGAUUCUACCUCACAGGUUCCCAUUUCUGUUGGUGGAUAGAGUAAUUGAGUACAAUCCUGGAGUUUCAGCUGUUGCCAUCAAGAAUGUGACGAUAAAUGACAAUUUCUUCCCUGGUCAUUUUCCAGAGAGGCCCAUUAUGCCUGGUGUUCUUAUGGUUGAGGCAUUGGCACAAGUUGGUGGUUUAGUCAUGCUGCAACCAGAAGUUGGAGGCUCUCGUGAGAAUUUCUUCUUUGCUGGAAUUGACAAAGUGAGAUUCCGGAAACCAGUGAUUGCAGGUGACACCUUGGUUAUGAGAAUGACACUAAUCAAGCUGCAAAAACGCUUUGGAAUAGCAAAGAUGGAGGGGAAAGCUUAUGUUGGAGGUGAGGUAGUUUGCGAGGGCGAGUUUUUGAUGGCUACUGGUGGUGAAUAAUCCAUGCUUGCUAUUUUCUACCAUUCAGUAGAUUCUUCAUGGUUUCUUUUUUCCUUGAAAACUCAACAAUCCUUUCUAUGAUUUCAAUCCCGAGUUGCUUUUCUUGGUGCUAAGAGUACGGUUUUUCUUCUCAGUCUAUCCAUGCCAAUUACAUGCAUGUGAUCUCCUUGCUUUCUUCGGUUGUUUGGGCACUCGAAAAGUGCUAAAGCUAUUUUCUGUGGGAAACCUAGAAUGAGUGAAAGUUUCCUGUUCAAAAUCUUAUUACCAGCUUCAUACUUCUGUGAGUUGUGUAUGGCAGGAAAACCAUUCAAUUGAUUUCUUAUAAAGGUCUACUGUGGAUAGAAAUUUAUCA